GGUUCCUGUAGACAGUUGCUUCACAAGAGCGAUUGUGUGCAAGUGAAUUUUUGAAUAUGCUUAAAGCAAGUGUGCUAAUUUUGGUAUUAGUUUAUGGUGCGUCAUCGUAUCAUCAUCACCACAACCAUGAUGAUGAGUUCUUGGUAUCCACCCCGCUGGGAUCAAUUAAGGGUGCGCCCUUAGAAACGGCACUCGGAAAGAAGAUUUACUCAUUCAGAGGCAUCCGGUACGCCAAGGCACCAAUAAACGAGUUACGGUUUCAGCCUCCAGAACCAGUGGAAGGCUGGGCGGGUGUUUAUGACGCGACCAAGAAUGGGGCUCUCUGCCCGCAACCCGGACAGGAAAACACCAGCGAAGACUGUUUGUUUUUAAAUGUGUACACCACGCAGUUACCUCAGAAGGGCUCGAAUCCCAACCGCCCCGUGUUGGUCUUCUCUCACCCCGGUGGAUACUACUCUUGGAGCGGAUACAGUGAGGCGUUCGGGCCGGACUACUUGUUAGACCAGGACAUUGUACUGGUCACCUUAAAUUACCGCCUGGCGUCCUUAGGUUUUAUGAGCACCGGCGAUAAGUUCGCGCCUGGAAAUAACGGGCUGAAAGACCAUGUGAUUGCGCUGAAAUGGAUAAAGCAGAACAUAGCGUCGUUCGGUGGUAACCCAAACCUGGUGACGAUCUCCGGGUAUAGCGCAGGAGGUGCAACCACCUCCCUAAUGCUGGUUUCCCCAAUGGCGAAAGGCCUCUUCCAUAGAGCAAUCAUAAUGAGCGGCUCCAGCUUAGGAAAUUGGCCGGUCCGACCUCAUCAAUUCGAAAUGGCACAAAAGCAAGCGCGGUUCGUGAACUGUCCAGAUACCGAUUCGGAAUCAAUUUAUAAAUGCCUUAAGACGAAGAGUGCAGAGGAAAUUGGAAACUCCUUGUAUCAAUUUGAUGAGUUCGCUUAUGACCCCAUUAUGAUGUGGCUUCCGGUCAUCGAGCCGGACUGCGGCCAAGAGCGGUUCCUGACUGACGAUCCGGUAAAACUCAUUCUGCGAGGGGAGUUUGAAAGAGUUCCAGUAAUGGUAACUGUAACCGCCGAGGAAUUUAAAUAUACAGCGUGGAACCUACUAGAUAAUGCCACCUGGCUCAAGGAGAUGGACGAAAACUUCGAGAAAGUUGCCCCGAUUAGUUUCAUUUACGAAAGGGACACCGAGAAUUCUAAGCACAUCAGUAGGGAGCUGAGAAAGGCUUAUUUAGGCGAUGGACCUUUGACUGAAAAGUCUUUACCUCAAAUUGGAAAGUUGUACGCCGAUGGAGUUAUAGGGUUUACAGCCAAUAGAGCAGCCAAGCUGCUCGCAGCUAAAAAUUCCGAACCCACCUACUAUUACAAGUUUGGCUACGAAGGGCGCUACAGCUUCCAUUACAAACAAAACACUACCACACCCGAAGGAGUGGUCCACCAUGAUGAUCUACUGUACCUUUUCUAUAUUUCGCGCUUUCCACGUCUGACGCCCACCGAUCCCGAAUACAAAACUGUACAGAAAAUGACCAGUAUGUUCAAAAAUUUUGCAGAAACCGGUGUCCCGAUCCCCAAAGUGAGUCAUUUGCUCGAUGACACCGAGUGGAAACCGAUUAGACCUGGACAUGAGGCGUAUCUAGACAUUGAUGAAAAGAUGGUUAUGAAGGAAAACUUGUAUCAGGAUCGCUAUUCUGUUUGGGAUAGACUGUAUCCGUGGCCAAAAGUAUGAAUUUAAUCCUUAUUACCAAUAGAAAUUAUGAAAAUAAAUUCAGUAGAACUACAGAGUGUUGUCUGUCGUUGAUUAGAGCAGAAUAAUAAAUUAUUGUACCUA